UGCAAAGCAAAGUCUUUAAAAAUUGAAGUAGAUCUACUAUAAAAAUGCAAUGCACAUAAUAUAUUCUCUUUUAUUGGAUGUCUUGUCUAGAUAUCAUAAUAUUGUUUCAAGUCCUUGAUCUUGUUCGUGUCUACCUCAUCUGCAGCAGAAAGUAGAACAAAGUAGAAAUUUAAAGAAUUUUCAUAGAAUUAGGCGAUAAAUUUGUAUGCAGAAUUUACAGAGGCUGUAACUGCAAGAUGGAUGUGAUGCACUGGAAUUUGAAACAACAAUGCUUAGGAAGUUCAUCGUCACUAACAAAUGUAAGAGAAAAAUUAGAUCCAAAGAGUAAAUACGAUCGAGCACCAGUAUUAAGUGAAGAUAAAUAUACACCAAAAACAUUAGUAGGCAAUUGGUUUGAACGCAGAGUGGUAUAUACACCUGAACCUGAUAAUUGGAGAACAUCGUAUGAUGUAGAUUACAUAGUUCAUACAAAUAAGACUUGGCAAACAAAUCAGGAUGCAAAGUGGGACAACAAAUUAAUGCUUGAGGGUUUGGCUCGAGAAACAUUACUAGAUCACAGAGAGGAGUAUAGAAACAACAUGACAACAACUUAUGAUUUAUGUUAUAAUAUUUUACCAAAAACUCUUCAUGGACCUAGAAUUAGAUCAUAUAAUGCAAGACAGCGACAAUGGAUUCCCGAAUUAGAUUUGACAAAAAGUUUCGGCACAUUAACAGAAUUUGGAUUAGGAGAUAUGUUGAAAGAAGAAAUAUACGCAAAUUCGAAAGAGGGAAUAGCCAAAUAUCGAUGGCAAACUACGUACAGAGAAAAAUUUGUGCCAUCGAAACCACUAAAUACUAAAGAAAACGUUAAAUUUCGCAGACGAAUAGUGGAUUUUAAUGUACCGGAUCUUAAACAGUUUGAACGUAAAUUAGCAGAUACUAAGCAUUGCUUAUUUAUACGAUAAAUUAUAAAUUCAAAAUCAAAUGGACAGUGUGAACUUCAAUAAAAAUUUAAUAUCUCAGAUAAUUAUUUGAAAUUGUAUUACUUACAAUGGGGUUUGAAAAAUUGCCGAUUUUGAAUUCAAUGGCUUUUCGGUGUAAGGAGCCAUAUGGUGUUUCAUUGUAUUUGGUGGUGAG